AUGCGGCCUCCACGGAUCGCCAUCAUCGUCCUCUUCCUCGCCGCUUCUCUUUUCAUCGUAUUCCGUGCCUUGACGACAACCCGAACCAAUGCCGUCGCUUCGUAUCCGCCGACUCCGCGAACAUCAAAGUCCGUAUUUGGCUUCAUGUACUACAACACGCCAUUUUCUCUCUUCCCUCCCAAUGCCGCGAUUAGCUUGACCGAUGACAAUAGCACCUCCUUCGCCGCGCGACCCGCUGCGUUUGGCCCUAAGCUGGCUUCCGCCGGGUUGAGCGGCCAGCUUUGGGUUGGAAGUGGUUUUGGGGAGGACAGCUUGGAUACCGAUGGAGAACUUGGGUGCAGCGAUUUGCCUGGCUGGGGCAGCUCCAACACGAGAGCUUCCCUCAAAAACUCGUUCAAGGUCGGAUCAUCGAGGGUGGCUUCCGUAAAAACGAAGAUGCCUAAGAAAGCAGGUGGCCUGCUCGACUCCGACAAUCGCGAGGCUAUUGAGAAGAGCAAGUCGCAGACAAAAGGCUCCAAGAAUGACAACACGGAUGAUUAUCUAACUGAGGAGGUGGCUGGUACCCUUUCUCGGCGCGAUGGCUCAACCGGCUCUUCGGGGCACGCCGACAUACAAUCCAUUCAGGAGGCUGCGGAAAUCGAGGGCAAAGUUGUCCUGCUCAAACGCGGUGGGUGUGGUUUCUUAGAGAAGGUCAUGUGGGCACAGCGCAGAGGGGCUAUUGCUGUUAUUGUUGGCGACAAUCAGAAGGGCGGGCCAUUAAUUCAAAUGUUUGCGCAUGGUGAUGACGUUGACAAUGUCACUGUGCCUUCGGUAUUCACCGCGAGGACAACUGCUCAACUGCUGUCGUCAUUGACGCAGCCCGGGAGCUUCAUCGAAGACACCCUCGACGACAAUGGAAAUCCCGUUCUCAAGGUUCAGCAAUCCCCUACCGCGAAACAAAAGAAGCGAAUCCCCGUGAAGCCAAGGGCUGCCGCAUCCAAGUCUUCAGAGGGCUCGAAAAUGAAGCGAUCUGUCGAAGAAAAACGAACCAAACCGUUCACGACGAAACCUGCUGAGAAGAGCAAGGGUAGUGGAGGAUUAUUUAGCUGGGGCACUGGCUCUCGUUCAGUGGACUCUGACUCCCGGACUGGGCGGUUAGAUUGGGUUCUGGUUGACGAUUUCAACGAUGAGAAGGACAAGCUGAUCAGUGACACCAUGGGAAAAGCGAAGAAGCCCAAGCCCGAGGAUGACGGCUUCGUUAUUGGUGUGCAUGAUUGGCGAGACCCGGAUCUUGUCGGCACUACCGGACAAAAGAAUACGGGUGAAAGGGGGACUCUGAAGCACUCUGGAUCGAGCAAGUCUGACCACAGAGAUGCUGGUACAGCUGUCAAGCCAAAGGCUGGCGAAGCCGACGCCAAGCACCGUGGUCUCAUGUCAAAGAUAUUUGGAAGCGAGUCAAGUGACACGGCACGGCCUGUCGCCGCAACAGCUGAUGAAGAGGAGGAUGUUCCGGAUACCCCGCCAAAUGAUGGAUCACAACCGCAUGAAGGGCUAUGGGUGACAAUCACUCCGACAAGCAGCGCCAGCCCGUUCUUCGACACCCUUCUGGUGCUUGUUAUCAGCCCUCUUGUUACCCUGACAGUUGUUUACGCGCUCCUAAUCCUCCGAGCCAGGAUUCGUAGGAGACGGUGGAGAGCGCCAAAGUCAGUGGUUGACCAACUCCCUGUCCGAACAUAUCACACAGUCUCCUCAUCAUCGCCAAAUUUGUCACCAAGAUUAUUACCGUCUCCUUCCACUGCCACGCCUACAACUCCAUUGCUGCAGCACAGUCCCUCAAGACCAAGGCCCCGUUCAAGAACCACAACAGGCGUAAUGGAAAGUGAAAAUUUCCUGGCACCAAGUGCUGCUGUACCGACGCCUCAAUCUCCUCGGACCAAUCGUCGAUCUGAAUUUGAGAAGGGUACGGGAGGCUUUUCGGCGGAAUGGCGAAAGUACAUGGGACGACAGGUCGAGUGUGUUGUUUGUCUGGAAGAAUACGUCGACGGGGUUAGCAGGGUCAUGAGUUUGCCCUGCGGCCAUGAAUUCCACGCCGAUUGCAUCACCCCCUGGCUCACCACUCGUCGACGAACGUGUCCCAUCUGCAAGGGUGAUGUGGUUCGAUCACUGGCACGCGGUAAAGGAAACGGACCUCGAUACGACGCAUAUCGAGAGGACAGUGACGACGACGAGACCGACGACGAGGCCGAGGCUGAAGCGUCUGGCUCGGGCUCAGCAGACAGACAUUCCGACUUGGAGCAAGGAAUUGUACGCUCAGAGGCGAGAGACACGCCACAGCAGCCAGAUAGAGAAGGUGGUUGGCUGGGCAUUUUGUCCAACAGCUUCAAUAACAGGACGAGGCAACAACACCGAUCACAAUCGCCCUCACCAGAGGAUCGAAACCGUUAG